GAACUGAACUAGAGGAUGAGAUCUUUCUGGGUCGGGGAGACUAGUGACAAUCACAUGUACAGUGAUUUUGGUGAAAUUCAGGGGAGGUGAAUGUAGCGGUGUGUAAAAAAUCUUAUGAAUAUUCACCAAAAUCCCUCUUUUAUGUUGUAUGUUUACUUUGGGUUACAACCUCCUGCCUGUGUGUUUUGAGUCUGUGUGUGUGUGCGUGCACCGCGUGAUGACGUAGGCACGUGCGCGUGUGCUCCGGUCACAGAGCUUUCCAACAUGGCCGGAGGUAGGUUGCUGACACGUUGCUCUCUGAUCGACAGAAGUUUGUUAAAGCCAUUAAUUGUAAUCUGUAUAUGAUCACACUGUUGUCUCUUGUUCUAUUUGCUGUCUGGCUCGUCCUGUGUAAGUUUUGCAGACGUUUGAGUUCGCUAUUUGAAGUUCUUAACAAGUUUCAGCCCGAGGGUACAAGGCUAAUGCUAGCGUGCUAAAUUAGCUUGGUCGCGAGCAGGGGAGAUGUCCACUGUGUUUUAAUGGCGCACAUUUUCUCUCACCAGGAGAGCCAGGUCUGGCAGAAUGCACAAUACACACGGCUCAUGGGCUUUUGUAUUCCUGUGUUACAGUGUGUCAUCAUUAAAUGAACUCGAGAUCCAGCUCUGACUCGUAUUUCAUCACUUCACGCCAGAACACAACGCUGAUUUUAAUGGGCGUAACACCACACGGGUUACAUCUGCGCAUGUACCGCUCUGUUGGUCGCAUCCGCAGGCUGUUUCUUUUAGCUAUAAUAUUGUUAUAUUUGGAGGCAUUGAUGAGUUUUCCUGUAAGGUAAGCAUAGGUGUCCGGUAUAAAUAUGUUUGUGACAAUCACCAAAUACUUAGUGUUUCAUAGUGGUGUCAUUGUAUUGUGCUGCAGAUCAUGUACCUGGGUGCAUCCUCCAUAAACCUGGCAUUAACUGCUCUGGCUUUCUUCCAAGCAUCAGCUGAGAAGUUUGGUUUCCACUACAGUAUGUGGUGAUCGGAGGUGGAAAAUCUGGACAUUGCUCGCCUCAUAUUCGGUCUUUGGUACUGGGAGGAGCAGCUUUAUAUCUGGGAAAAGUGUUCAUAACCAACUGUUAGUCGAGAAGAAUGUUGACACUGCUACUUGAACGCUGGCACAGUUCACACACCAAUUUAUUGUGAUAGGACACGUGUUCCUAAUGGCUGGGAGAAUGAUUCCUUUCUCCGUGGAGGGCCACACCUAUCUGGACAAAGACCUGCUGUUGUGCAGCUCCUCCUUGGUGGAUUAAAAGAAUUAAUGAACUUCUCAGACUUAUAAAGUAUUUUGAAAAAGAAGGUUUGAACAGUGUUUUUAAAGUGAAAUAAGAUCUGUUGGAAGAAGAGUUAAAAAUGCAUUUCUGGAAUGAGUCCCAGCCUGAUAACCCUCCCUCUGCUUCCUGCUCUCUAACUCAGCACCUCCCUUCUGUCCACAUGUCUCCUUGUUCCCUCCCCUUCAGAUCUGCACUUUGAAGAUGGGUGUAACCAACAUGUAGAGUUGUGUGAGAGCUGAGAGGCUCCAUUCACUGCCUACACUCAUGCUGUUUAGAUCAGAGCUCAGACUAGUUUCAGUUAUCAGGAAGUGAAACUCACACAGUCACUGACACUGAGAGGAGAAAUGACACAGAAAGGAGUUCAGCUGGACCGAGAAACCUUCUCUUGUUCGAUCUGUUUGUAUCUACUGAAGGAUCCGGUGACUAUUCCCUGUGGACACAGCUACUGCAUGAACUGUAUUAAAGGCUACUGGGAUAUAGAGGAGAAGAUCUGCAGCUGCCCUCAGUGCAGACAGACCUUCACACCGAGGCCUGUCCUGGUCAAAAACACCAUGUUAGCAGAUUUAGUGGAGGAGCUGAAGAAGACUGGACUCCAAGCUGCUCCUGCUGAUCACUGCUAUGCUGGACCUGAAGAUGUGGCCUGUGAUGUCUGCACUGGGAGAAAAAUGAAGGCAGUGAAGUCCUGUUUGGUCUGUCUGGCAUCUUAUUGUGAGGAACACCUUCAGCCUCAUUAUGAUUCACCUCCAUUAAAGAAACACAAGCUGGUGGAGCCCUCCACGAAGCUGCAGGAGAACAUCUGCUCUCGUCAUGAUGAGGUGAUGAAGAUGUUCUGCCGUACUGAUCAGCAGAGUAUCUGUUAUCUCUGCCCUGUGGAUGAACAUAAAGGCCACCACACAGUCUCAGCUGCAGCAGAAAGGACUGAGAGGCAGAGAGAGCUCGAGGUGAGUCGACUAAACAUCCAGCAGAGAAUCCAGGACAGAGAGAAAGAUGUGAAGCUGCUUCAACAGGAGGUGGAGGCCAUCAAUCAGUCUGCUCAUAAAACAAUGGAGCACAGUGAGAAGAUCUUUACUGAGCUGAUCCAUGUGAUCCAGAAAAGAAGCUCUGAUGUGAAGCAGCAGAUCAGAUCCCAGCUGGAAACUGAAGUGAGUCGAGUCAAAGAGCUUCAGGAGAAGCUGGAGCAGGAGAUCACUGAGCUGAAGAGGAAAGACGCUGAGCUGAAGCAGCUCUCACACACAGAGGAUCACAUCCAGUUUCUACACAACUACCCCUCACUGUCAGCACUCAGUGAGUCUACACACUCAUCCAGCAUCAAUAUCCGUCCUCUGAGAUACUUUGAGGAUGUGACAGCAGCUGUGUCAGAGCUCAGAGAGAAGCUACAGGACAUCCUGAGAGAGGAACGGACAAACAUCUCACUGACAGUCACUGAAGUGGAUGUUUUACUGUCACCACCAGAGCCAAAGACCAGAGCUGGAUUCUUAAAAUAUUCACAGGAAAUCACACUGGAUCCAAACACAGCACACACAUGGCUGUUAUUAUCAGAGGGGAGAAGAAAAGUAACACAAAUGAAUCAACAACAGUCUUAUUCUGAUCAUCCACACAGAUUCACUAACAGGUUUCAGGUCCUGAGUAGAGAGAGUCUGACUGGACGUUGUUACUGGGAGGUGGAGUGGAGAGGAGUUUAUGUAGCAGUCGCAUACAAGAAUAUCAGCAGAGCAGGGAAUGAAUGUUGUUUUGGACAUAAUGACAAAUCUUGGGCAUUAAAGUGUCACAACAACCUUUUUACAUUUUUGUACAACAAGAUCCGAACUCCUGUCUCAGGUCCUCGGUCCUCCAGAGUAGGAGUGUACCUGGAUCACAGAGCAGGUAUUCUGUCCUUCUACAGCGUCUCUGAAACCAUGACUCUGCUCCACAGAGUCCAGACCACAUUCACUCAGCCGCUCUAUGCUGGACUUUGUCUUUAUUAUGAUUUUGGAAACUCUGCUGAGUUGAUUAAGCUGAAAUAGACUGAAGUCUUUCAUAUUGUUGUGGGUUUAAAUCUGUAUCUCAGUUUUUCUUCCUCUUCAUGGGCCUUAACAGAGAAAUCAGCAGACCUUCCUUUAUCACACAGAUUUUGUUCUCAUCACUUUGUACAUUUGUACAGAAAUCUAUAAUUACAUUUACAUUUAUCUGUUUGGCAGAUUUUCUUUCAGAAUCCAGAAACAAGAAUCUAUAAUCAUGAUUUUAAUGAUUACGAGGAAUUCGAUCAUUGAUUGUGUUGAAUUUUUAAUGUGUGAACAAACUGAAGGUUAUUCUAAUAAAUCAAAGUUUGAACA